AUGCCUCUCGACACUUCAACCUACUCUCUUGCUCUCCUUCGUCUUGACGGUCGCAGAUGGAAUGAACUUCGCCGUCUCACAGCACAAAUUUCAACUCAACCUUCAUCCGAUGGAUCUUCAUAUCUUUCAAUGGGUAAUACCCAAGUUCUCUGCACAGUGACGGGUCCUUGCGAUCCUUUGAAAUUACGAUCAAUUGGUGGUGGUGGAAGUAAUAAUGCGGGGGAAAAAGCGGAAGUAAGAGUCGAGAUCAGUUUCGCAGGCUUCGCAGGCGUAGAUAGGAAGAAGUAUGGUAGGAAUGAUAAACGUCUCCAAGAACUUUCAAAUACCUUAUCCACAACCUUUGCUCCUCAUCUCCUUACAUCUUUGACUUCUCAUUCAACAAUCCUCAUUUCCCUUCAUAUUUUGUCAUUAGACGGCUCACUUCUCUCUGCACUUAUCAAUGUCUCAACUCUUGCUUUAAUCGAUGCUGGUAUUCCAAUGCCUUCUUAUAUUUGCGCUUGUACAGCUGGUUCUACAUCUUCAUAUUCAAGUAAUGAUGAAAAAGCAGAUCCAUUAUUGGAUUUAAACUUGGGUGAGGAGCAAGAAUUACCAUUCCUCACGGUUGCGACAGCAGGAGAAGGCGACGGCGAUGGAGUUGUGGCAUUGGUCAUGGAAACAAGAGUACAAGCCGGUAGAUUGGAGGGCAUGUUAGCUGUGGGAGUUGAUGGGUGUAAACAGGUCAGAGAGAUUCUCGAUGGAGUGAUUAGAACUAGAGGAAAGAAAAUAUUAAGUGGUGCAAUGGCUUAGUAGGGCUAGAUCUGUACAUUAGACGAGGGAAGAACAGCAUCAUUAGAUGAUACCCAAGUGUUUUGAUGGCGUCAUAAUGGAAAUGGGAUAGGAUGUCAGGAAUUGGAAAAAUUACAUCAAGGAAAA